GACACAUCAGUUUAACUUCCGUGAUCGAGAGUGCAUCGUUCCGUGACGGUUUAACGACAGGAUCAAUCUUGCUUCAAAGGAGCAAACGACUGGCUCUUCCCGUAAUAUCGGCGCAGUGUCAAGUCUGCUGCGGACUUCUCGUCCUAAACCUGUUCAUACGAUAUUCCAAAGAAAGCCAUUCUUUAACCAUGAUGGAGGUUGCACUAUCUCAGCAGGCAGUUUUGCUCGUCUGCCUGACAACUGUUUCCUCCGUUUUUCCCGCAUUGGCUCAAAUCACGGAGAGUUUCACUGCUUUGGACAGUGUGGUCACGCCCGCGAACGCAAUUCAAGUUGCGGUUGGAAAACAACCAGAUACUUCCAUUGACGAGACUGGAGUUUCACUUGAUCACUGGUCAAGACAACCCGUGCCAGUCUCACAUAGCAAAUUUUAUCCUGGUUUGCCGGACGAGCCGGAGUUCCGCGACAUACCUGUUCCAAGAAUUAGAUGGCCAAGAACGAGCACAACGACAACAACAAGCGCACGCACAACCACAACUAGCACAACGACAACCACAACAACAACUAGCACAACGAGAACAACCACAACCAGCACGACCACCACAACAUCUACAUCUACCACAACUACAACUACAGCGUCUACCACAACGAGUAGUUCCACUACUACAUCUUCGCAAACCACAACCACCGGAAAACAAAAGGACUGGAAGUUUCCAAAGAAUGCCGAUUCUUAUUUGACGAAACUUGCACGGUUGAUGCUGCUGCUCUUGGGAAAGGACCUGGGAGGCAAGGCCCCCAGACAGGCAACUGGAGACGCUAGCGUUUUCCAAGACCAUGAGGAACUCGCAGCACACCUUUUCGAACGGCUCGAAGGUACAGUUUUUGGAUGCAGUCAAGACAUCACCACACUUGUGGAUCAGAUCCAGCGAGAGGCUGGCGCCCUUGAAAUCCGUUCAACGGCUCUUCGCGGCGCGACCAAGUGA